GCUGGCUACCUCCGACGCCCCCGACGCCAUGGAGGAGUGGGAUGUGCCCCAGAUGAAGAAGGAGGUGGAGAGCCUCAAGUACCAACUGGCCUUCAAGAGGGAGAUGUCAUCCAAGACCAUCCCGGAGCUUCUCAAGUGGAUCGAGGACGGGAUCCCCAAGGACCCUUUCCUGAACCCUGACCUGAUGAAGAACAACCCUUGGGUGGAGAAGGCCAAGUGUACGAUCCUAUGAGCCUAACCCACACUCUGUGUAAGGUGUGACUUUAUAAACAGGCCUCUCCAGGUGUCUCUGCUU